GGUUUUUUUUUUUUUUUGGGAGCCCGUCGAUGAGCGCGUUUGAAGUGCCUUGUUGGUGAAGACAAGGGGGAUCGAGUCUCGAGUCUGCAGGUUUCCCCCCCUUCUGCCAGUCCGAUCAAAAUGAAGUUCCUGAUUUGCGUGAUAGCAGUCGCCUUGGCCGUGGGAUCUGCGCACGGAGGAGUGGGGAAGUCUGACGAGCCGUGUGCAGGCCGGGACUGCGGUGCAGGAUGCCGGUGCAACCCGGAGAAAGGCAGCAGGGGUCGUCCAGGGGCUCUCGGUGAAGUCGGUCAGAGCGGACCAGAGGGGCCACGUGGGGGCCCAGGGCCUACAGGGCCUAAAGGAGAGAAGGGCCAUGUUGGCCUAAAAGGACCAUCUGGCCCCAAAGGAGACAAGGGACCUAUGGGAGUGCCAGGGUUCCAGGGAAAUGACGGAGUACCUGGUCACCCGGGUCAGGGCGGGAGCAGAGGACCACCAGGACUGGACGGAUGUAACGGGACUAGAGGGGAACCUGGAGAUCCCGGCUUCGGGACUGGAGAACUUGGAUUCCCUGGAAUUUCUGGGCCUAGCGGGCCAAAGGGUCAGAAAGGAGAGCCUCGAUUCAUCUCAAACGGCAUCACGAGUAUACCAGGUUUACCAGGAGUGGACGGUUUACCUGGUAUCAGAGGUCCUGAUGGUCCACCUGGUUUCACCGGUCCGAGAGGGCCGGAGGGAUUCUCUGGUCUGCCUGGUCCUCCUGGCCCCCCAGGGCCAAUGGGGAGCCGUAGUGACGGAUAUGAAGGAGAGAAAGGAGACAAGGGCGACGUGGGCUUGCCCGGUGACCCCGGCCAGCCAUUGGUCAAUGGCAUUGUGGAGUUUGUGGGUUUUCCCAAAGGAGACAAAGGAAUGCAGGGUGAACCUGGCCCGAAGGGAUUCAGAGGAUUCACUGGCAAUCCUGGCCCACCUGGACUAUUCGGUUAUCGUGGUGAACUUGGAGAGAAAGGCAUUCCUGGAUACCCCGGGGCAAGAGGUCCCCCUGGUUUUAACGGGCCUCCUGGAGCUCCAGGACAACAGGGAUUAAUAGGUAAUCCAGGUUUCCCCGGGCAACAAGGAUACAUAGGACCCAAGGGAGACCAGGGCGACCCAGGACCACCUGGACCUCCGGCUUACGUUUCUAAUCUGGGCACUUUAGUUCAAGGACCAACAGGUGACACGGGUCUCAACGGCCUCCCCGGUGCCCCCGGUGACCAGGGAUUUCCAGGAUACCCAGGACCACCAGGCCAGCCAGGGAUUGUUGGAUUUGGUACAGGUCGUCCUGGAGCUCCAGGUUUCCCCGGGAACAGCGGCCCAAAGGGAGAGAAAGGAAACCCAGGCAUACAAGUGUAUGGGUCGGAAGGAAUCCCUGGCUCCCCUGGACUCCCCGGGCCCCCUGGCCCUCCUGGACCCCGGGGCCCGCCUGGAUCUACCGAACCCUGCUUCUACUAUCCUGAGCAGCCCAAAGGUUCUACCCCAGAUGUACCCUUCAGUGUUCCUGGAGUGCCUGGGCUGCCUGGCCCCAGAGGACAGCCGGGUAACAGAGGAUUCGAUGGCUACAGAGGUGAUCCUGGCGACUGUGCCUGUGAAGGAGGAGGCACCUCAGGGUUGCCCGGGUUACCUGGACCCCCAGGACCCAACGGCAACCCUGGCUUUGCCGGACGAAAGGGCGAGGCUGGUGACAGCGGUCCACCGGGCUUUAAUGGCGGUCGGGGACCUCCUGGUCGCGCUGGUGAGUCCGGUUUCUUCGGGCGUAAGGGAGAGAAGGGGGCGCCUUACUUCUCCGACCGUUUUGGAGUGAAAGGAGAGCUCGGAGCUACUGGACCCAGAGGACCUACCGGGGAAACUGGAAAGCCUGGCAGAGAAGGACUGCCGGGAUUCCCCGGAACCCCUGGACCCCCAGGUGACGCUGGCUUCGGCACAGUUGGAGAGAAAGGUUUCCCAGGGUUCCCGGGGCCAAAGGGUCGCCCCGGUGGCCCCGGCGAACCCGGCAUCGGCUACGUUGGCUUGCCCGGCUUUCGCGGAGAGAUUGGAGACCCCGGUAUCUCUGGGUUGCCAGGGCCACCAGGUUCACCCGGACUUAGAGGUGAAAACAGCUGUGAAGGGGUUAAUGACGCCGGAGAGGGAACGGGCGAAGCUCUACCUUGCACCAUACCUGGGGAGGAAGGAAACCCCGGUGUCCCCGGUAUACCUGGACGACCAGGUCCUAAAGGUCAACCCGGUAACCCAGGAGUCCGUGGACGUCCCGGGUUUGACGGUGCCAAAGGAGAGAGAGGAGACUCCGGUUUUGGAGGCCAACCUGGACCACAAGGUUUCCCGGGACCCAGAGGUGAUCCUGGAGUUCCAGGUGCUCCCGGACAGAGUUUUGACGGAGCCAAGGGAAAGGAUGGCGCCCCUGGGCGUCCUGGAGCCAAGGGCCAGCCUGGAGAUGUACUGGGAGCCACACCCGGUGGCCCAGGACGGGACGGUGCACCAGGUAUCCCUGGAGACAAUGGCCAGCCCGGGACGCCAGGACAACCUGGAUUACCUGGUGCUGACGGACGUUUCGGUGUUCCUGGGCUGAAGGGGGAGCGCGGAAUUGACGGUGUUCCUGGUCUUAUUGGCCUUCCCGGACUUCCAGGAGAUCCGGGUUUUGGCAUUCCCGGUCGGCGUGGACCUCCUGGCGGCAGCGGACUGAGCGGAUCACCAGGCUGCCAAGGUUACCCCGGUCAGAAGGGCGAUAGAGGAGACCCAGGGUUCCCAGGACCGGCCGGAAUGAAGGGAACCCCAGGAUUGCCCGGCACCAAUGGAUCACCAGGGCCCAGGGGACCCCAGGGGCCGCCAGGACCGGGAACUAGAGAGGGAAUCCCAGGAAUACCAGGAAGGAAGGGUGAGAGAGGUUUGCCCGGACUGGUGGGUUUCCCUGGAGUACCAGGUCGUCCUGGAAGCCCAGGGUUUCCUGGAGGCAAAGGACUGGCUGGAGGACCCGGAAGAGACGGACGCCCCGGUGGUCCUGGAUUCCCCGGGCUGAAAGGUGACAGAGGAUACCCUGGUCUCCCUGGCUUGCCCGGUCGUUUUGAGCCAUCAAAUUUUCCAAAAGGAGAACCAGGAACCCCCGGAGCCAAUGGUCUUCCUGGCUUCCCCGGACCCAGAGGUGACAAGGGUCUGCCAGGUCAGCCUGGUCGUUCGGGUCUGCCUGGACUUCCUGGUUACGCUGAGCAGAGCAAAGGACAGCCGGGAGAUCCUGGGUUCCCCGGGCGACCAGGAUCGCCAGGCUUCCCCGGAACGAAGGGAGAAGCUGGAAUCAUGGGAUUCCCCGGCAUGUCUGGACCAAGGGGUGAUGAUGGCGUACCUGGUUUACCCGGCAACCCUGGAGAAUUUGGUCGGCCCGGUGGCAAAGGUGCACCUGGUGAAAGUUACGGUUAUCCUGGAGCUCCAGGAGCUGAAGGCCAGCCGGGAGAUUCAGGCUUCCCAGGUGGCCGUGGCUACGACGGCGCCCCCGGUGACAUCGGCUUUCCAGGAAGUCCAGGUUUCCCUGGAUUGAAGGGAGCUCCUGGUGAGGGAGGACGGCCUGGAUUAAUGGGCUCCCCUGGUUUCCCCGGGCCCAAGGGCCUGUCCAGCUACCCAGGAAGAAGAGGAGCAGAUGGGCCUCCUGGUCUGCCUGGAGGUCCUGGCGGUCCCGGAGCCAAAGGUUUGCCCGGAUCCCCUGGUUUGGAUGGACUUAAUGGCCUUGCUGGACCUAAAGGCCUCCCAGGAACCCCAGGUGGGAGUGUCGGAGGUCGCCCAGGAGCCUCUGGUGCUCCAGGGUUGAAGGGAGAGAGAGGAGUCUCGUACCCCGGAGCUCCAGGCUUCCCGGGGCCGAAGGGAGAGAGAGGAAAUACAGGUGGUCCUGGACUUGUAGGGUUCCCUGGUCUGCCCGGACCUCCCGGUCCGACUGUGGGGUCGGAUGUCCCCGGACCUUUGGGAGACCCCGGCCUCCCUGGACUGGACGGAGAGUUUGGUUUACAAGGUCGUCCAGGUCCUCCCGGGCCUCCUGGUCCAGGCACAGCCCAGGGAGACAGAGGUGACUCUGGGCUCCCGGGCUUCCCUGGCUCCCCCGGCAGGAAAGGAGAAUCUGGCAUCCCUGGAGGCGCCGGACUGCCCGGCAGCCCCGGUUUCAAAGGAGGACGAGGUGAGACUGGCUACAGCGGAGGUCCUGGUGCCAAGGGUUUCCCUGGUGACACUGGUUACUAUGGAAACAAAGGACCCAAGGGAGUACGAGGGCAACGUGGGCGUAAGGGUGUCCCUGGAGUGGCGCUGCCUUCACCCCCGGUAGACUUUGAGCGGCGCUUCGGAGAUGUGGGUUUUCCCGGUGAAAGGGGCGGCUCCGGUGUCCCCGGAGAAUCCGGUCAGCCAGGAAUGCCCGGACGUCCAGGUCCCAAGGGUCGUCUUGGUCCCGUGGGUAAACUUGGCAGGACUGGAUCUGUUGGUCUUCCCGGACCUGUUGGUGACACCGGACCCCCCGGUUUCCUCGGACCCACUGGAGAACAAGGUCUCCCCGGUCAGGCCGGUCGCCGCGGCGCUCCCGGCAGCGUGGGCCGCAGUUCCAGCAUCGGCUACACUCUGGUGAAGCACAGCCAGAACUCCCAGGUUCCCAUGUGUCCUCAGGGCAUGGCCAAGCUGUGGGAUGGGUACAGUCUGCUGUACGUGGAAGGACAGGAGAAGGCUCACAACCAGGACCUCGGUCAGCCGGGGUCGUGCCUCCCCAGGUUCAGCACCAUCCCCUUCCUCUACUGCUCCCCCAACGAGAUCUGCUACUACGCCAGCCGCAACGACAAAUCCUACUGGCUCUCCACCACUGCACCCAUACCCAUGAUGCCUGUGGCCGAGGAGCAGAUUCAACCUUACAUCAGCAGGUGUUCUGUGUGUGAGGCUCCCUCUCAGCCCGUGGCGGUCCACAGUCAGGACAUGACCAUCCCCACCUGUCCUCCCGGCUGGAGGAGUCUCUGGAUAGGAUACUCCUUCCUCAUGCACACGGCAGCCGGCGCUGAGGGCGGCGGCCAGUCCCUGCAGUCUCCCGGCUCCUGCCUGGAGGAUUUCCGCGCGACGCCAUUCAUCGAGUGCAACGGGGGCAAGGGCACCUGCCACUACUUCGCCAACAAGUACAGCUUCUGGCUCACCACCGUGGACCCCCGCCAGGAGUUUGUUUACUCGCCAGCACAGGAGACCCUGAAGGGAGGCCAGGAGCGCUCCAGAGUCAGCCGCUGCCAAGUCUGCAGCAAGAUCUUGUAAUAGGAGGAGAAGGAGGAGGAUGAGGAGGAGGAGGUGAUAUAUCAACACCUCACAGGAAAUAAAAAAGAGAGGUGUUGAUGAUUGAGGAUGAGAUGAUUUUUAUAAAAGAAAUCUAUAAAAGAACACUGACUGAAAAUGAGCCCCUAUCCUGCGUCUCCGAUGGUUUCAGAAUCGAGUCGAACAACAAAUCGAUUCAGUUUUUUGAGUUUUUGAUCCCUUUUUAGGAAUGAAUGGCUUAUUAAAAAACAAAAACAAAAAAGAAGAGUUGGAGGGAGGAAAUGCAAAGAGGAGGGCUCCAGCGGGAUUGCCCUUCUUUAGGUUAUCACUGACAAUGGUGCUAUUGUUUAUGUUUAUUUUGUGUCUUGUUGCGUUUUUUUUUUUUGGCGAGAAGCAUUCUCGGCUACCUCAGAGAGUGCCACCCCGCUUUGGACAGCACUGCACCGCUUACGCAUCAGCACACAUCCGCACACAUCUGGGCGGCUGCGUCAUUUCAGACAGUAGAGUCAAACAUGGAUCUAAGGUCUUCACUUCUGUGAACUGAUCUAUCUGAAGUAGAAACACCUGAUUCUGGUUUAAACGCAUGUUUUAGUGAAAUGGCCGCCACAAAACUUUGCUUCUCUCGUAUUGAUUGCCCGCUAAAACCACUUUAUAACCGCAGUGAUGUUACAGGUAAUAUUACGUUAAAAGCUGCAUCCUGUUUUGCAAGUGACUGCAUUGGUUAUCAUUUCAUAACGGUAUGGAAAUCUAGUUGCUUACAUUUUAGACUUGCUUGAAGGCAUUUAAGGACUAUUCCGGCGCAAAAUGAACCUAGGGGUUAAUAACAUGUGUACCCAGUCGACCGUUCUCUGGUAAAUGUUUUCAUGCUAAUCGAAUGUGUGUUUAGCUUGAAACAAGCUAGCGCAAACAGCUGAUUACCUGCUUAUAAUAAUCUAUCUUUUUAAUGAACUGUCUGUACACUUACAAAGUUCUUAAUGCUUCGGUUUGCAUGUAGGGACCCUCAUUAUGCUAGCGUGGAAGUGUGGUGCUAUUUUGAGCGUUUGAAGUGGUAUAAAAUGGUGAUUUACCCUCUGCCCGAAAGGUAGCGUAAGCAGCUAAUCACCGGUUCGCACUAGCUUGUUUCAAGCUAGAGAGGCAUUCAAUUAGCAUGAAAACAUAUCCCAGAGAACGGUCGACUCGGUACACAUAUGUUAUUAACCCCUAGGUUCAUUUUGCCCCGGAAUUGUCCUUUAUGGAGCACAAUAAGCGUGCUACUAUUUUUUUCUUUUUUGAAAGUUGCAUUAUUGUUGUUUGUGUCCGUUUUCGUGCAUACGAGAAAAAGUAUCCAAAAGCAUUCAAGGUGCGAGUAAAAUGUGUAAAACUAAUGGAGGAAGGAAAGUGAAAGAAAGAAUAGCUAGUAAUAAAUACACAAGCACGGUGCUCGUUCAGUCAGUAUUUUACAUUUUAAAUCAGAUACUGGACCAACAGUGGCUUUUUAAGGCAGAAAAAGAACCAGAUUUUUCAAUAUCCUUUUUACAAUUUACACGUUUGCUCAUUAUUUGUCUGCUGGAUUUGAUUUUCUAACAACACGGCAAGUUGUAUUAUCAGAUUUCAACUGUCAAAUCUCAGAUAUUCUAGCAUCAGGAAGGUUUUUCAGAACAUUCACUGCCUCUAAGAAUGACACAACUGACAAAAAAUAACAACUAAAAGCUAAUUUUAAUGAAUUUGUAUUACUUCAAGCAAGUUGCAAUUCUCUAAUAGUUGAUUUUCAUAGUUUACAGGAAAUAUUUUAAACCGACAACGGACUGGAACUUAAGAAAAUAUAUUGAAUCAUGUAAAGUGUGAUGAGGUUAAAAGUGUCAGGGUUCCUAUGGUCAUAAAAAAAAUACCUGGAAUAAUUAUGGAAUUGGAAAAACAAUUGCGACCAAAUGUUUUCAUUGUUUUUUUAUUUCAAUUAUAUCACAAAGGGGAGAACAGGAAGACAAGUGCAUGUACAAUACAUACACUUACUUCCCCAUAAGCGCAAGUAUUAGUUGCCCAUGUCCGAUUGCUAACACACUUUAUUUAAUCACCAUAACUUCACAGAAUGUUUGGUCAUGGAAAAGUCAUGGAAAUCAUUGGCCAACAUGUGUAGGAACCCUGGAGUUUAUUCUUGAUCCUGGAAAUUGAAGUUUGACUGAACGAGCUAAGAGUUUAUAACCAAAGUCCAUCUGCCAGUGAAGCUAAGAAGUGAACCAUGAGUUCAGUUUUUUUUUGCCAAACUUAAAGGAAAAUGCUCAGCAACAAUAUCAUCUAUUCAUAUUAUGCCAUUAUUGUGCAAAAACAUGCAAAAUUACCAGCGCAGUCCUUUAACUUUACCCCUGUAAUCUCUGUAUAUUUCAUAAUAUGACUCAAUAUAGUAUAGUAUACAAUAUGGUGCUACACAAUACCCUGACAGCUGACUUGAAAGGCAACAUUUAAAAUAUUAAACUGCAUGCAAUAAAAAGGAAAAAAACAAAAAAAAAGCACUUUUCAUCUGAAUAGCUAAAACAGAAGCUCUGCAACAUGCUUACUGUAAUGUAACUGUAAUGACUUGAAUGAGGCCACCCAUUCAAAAAUAUUGCACUGAUGUGAACUCACAUGGGGCUCAAACAGUAGACACAUCUUCAAAUCACAGACUUUCAUCUUCAUCUCGUGACCAAACUAGUGUAUUUUAAUCACGCUUCUCUCACACUAAAUUUGCAAAAGCAAACCACACGCACACGCUCACACUCACACACACAACACACACACACACACACACACACUCUCUGAUAGAUUGUUAAUUAUUGCUGUACAUAAUGCUUACUGUAUUUCCCACCAAAGUAUGUUGGAGCAUAAAGUCUUUAAAGUGCACAUAUUAUGCUUUUUGCCUUUCCAUUAGUGUUAUAUAUCAUUUUGUGCACGUUAUAGGUUUACCAAGUGAAAAAGUCCAAAGUCCACCCCAAAGGGACAUUCCAUCUCCAACAGAAAACACUGUUCACAAACUGCUCUAAACAGCUGUA